AUGACUUCAGAAGAGUUUAUCGAUAAAAAGAUCCCAGAUAAGUAAGUGUGGUUAUUGGUAAGGCUUUUUUGCGUAGUUGUAAAAACUAAGAUAUUGCAUGAGGGUCCACACAUUAGCAACAAAGAAAAGCUUUCGCAAGCAAAAUCGCACCCACCAUAAAAUUUAUACGAUAGUGUCUCAAGGAGUUUAGAAGCACAGUAUAUCUUCUAUGUAGUUUCAUCUGAAAGCCGCCUUCUGCUUUGCUCUCUACUAUACCUGUAUUGUGAUAUGAUGGAAAAUCCAGCUGGAUUGAAAUAUGAUAGCUGAUAACUAACCAUCACAAUUAAGUAAUAACUUUUACUUGAUACAGUAUGAUACAUUAUGACCUGGAAAUGGUUUCCCCCAUGCAGCCCCAAAAUACAAUGUAUCCGGUAAUCAUCCAAAUUUCACUCCUGGAUACGAAGUAACUGGUAAGUUUUCUUAAGGCAGGAGCUAGAUCACUGCUCGACACUAACUUUUCUGGACACUUUAAGCUACUGGUACAAAAAAAGAAAAAGUGGGGUACAGAACUUUCAUAACUUCUUAUUGCAUCCAAACAGAAAUUGUCUGUUCCUGUGGCAAAUGAGUUCAAAUUUGCUAAUCUCUGAUCGCUACUGUAUCAGGGGCACCCAACAACAAUUUUCGUAAAAUAUCUGUUCGGAAGAUGAUUUGAGAUCUAGAAUUUUCGGAACAUUUGUUGUAAAAUUUCUUGCUUGCCUUUUCCAAAAUUUCCUGCUUGUCUGCCUCCCCUAGGAUUUUCGAAAAUCUUAAAAAUGGUAUAAUUGCCCAUUUUUAAUGGAUUUUUACCCUAAAAAGAUCACCUAGAAUUUUCAGGACCCUUUUUUCUGGCUGAAAUUUUCAAAAAGGUAAGUUUUGAUCCCUAUAAUUUUCGCAUCACUUCAGAGCACAUUUUUCCUUCAAUGAAUUGCAGCUUAGGAUAUGUUUUCUUCCAACUUGGUUGAAAACUUCUUGGCCACUCAUCGCACUUCUUUUCCUCUUCAUGCCAUGUGUUGUCCUCAGGUAAACGAUGAAAAUCUGUCUAGGAAUGAUUGGCUGUUGAAGGACUCUAUGUUGAGGAUAAGUUGUCACAAAAGCUUGUAAAUAUCUUCAUUCCUUCAGUGAACUUACAUGAAAAAAUUGAAGAUGGCGGACCUAUGCUUUCUCUCACCCAAGCUCCUACUUUAUUGGGUAUUUUGUCCACAUAACUAACUAAGUUUCACUAGUCCUGGGCAAGUGGACCAAGAAAAAUAGCCUCAGCAGACACUUUGGUAUUCAGUGCAACAUGGUGGGUAAUCUGAAGGUUGUCUCUGAACAGAUAAAUUGUGGACUUUCUCAUUGAAAAGUGUAACAUGUGAAAUAUGCUACCAAAUUAUGUUGGAGAAUGUUGCUGUUAUAAUAUAUGGAGUAUAUCAAAUUUUCCAAAAACUACCCCUCACUUUCAGAUAACCCAUAAUACACGUUGUUUUUUCCUGCCAAAUUUUCCAGGCACAUUGUCUUCAAUUUCUCCUGGGUAUUGGAAACAAUGCUUAUGCAAAUUUUUGGGAGGGAAACAAGUUUAAUUAUGGGCAAAGUGAAAGUAGUUAUUUUAAGUAAUCUUCUACUUUCCAGCUUCAUUGUGUUGCAAUUUUGUAGUCACGUGUUGGAGUUUUCAAAAAAAAGUCCCAAAUACAUGAAUUCAGCCAGAAGAGUUUACUUACUUUGAAUUCCCAAGUUUCCCACUGUUUCCCUGAUUAUCCAUCAUACACUGAGAGCAUGUGCUGGUCUGUUACUUUACUGAAACAGAAACGUUACUUUGGGGCGUUAAUAAUUAUUAUUAAUUAUUAUUUGACAUGGAUUCAUUUAAAGGGCUCAAAUUUCUUUGGGUGUACCCUCCCCCACCCUCCUGCCUUGCCACCCUGGGGUUUAGCAAUGGUAUGUACAUAAUUUACAAAAUGGAAAUGGCUUUCACUAGUGUGUGGUGGUAAGUAAACAAUUUAUAUUGUAAAACUGUGAAUUGUGUUGGUAACAAUUUAGGUUGAUCCUCUACUCUUUUGAUUUAGGUGGAGAGAUUAUGAUUCAUGUGGAGUUCCAAUCAGUGGCGAAAGGAUCAUUGCUUUCAAGACACCUCUCUCGAGUGUAAGGACUUAUAAACUACUUUUCCGAACAAAUUUUUGACCAGACAUUUACCGCAAACCAGCCUUUAUUUUAAGCCCUGCAGUGCAGUAUCAUCAUCAUCAUCAUCAUCAUCAUCAUCAUCACACUUGCCACUGUAUUGCAGGCUUUCACUGUAACUCUUCCCAGAAUGGUGGGUGGGUCUUGCUGAUCAGACUAACAAUCUAUUGAAGACACUGGUUUUACAUUUGCCAUGUAGGGUGCAAAAAAGCAUACUUAAGGCUUGCUAUAUGUGCAACCUCCUUAAGCUGAUCAAAGAACAAUCUUAGAAAAUUUUGUUCUUCUUAACAGAAAUAUGACAAUGAAAGUGACAUUGACAAUGGAAUAAAACCAUUUGAAAGGUACAUUGAUCAAUAUUUAUAAUAUAAGAUGUAGUAAUAAUACUUUAAUUAUCCUCUCCCCUUAUGGGGCUUUUCAGGGGUAACAAACAAAUGAUUUAAAUGGAACAUAACAUGGAUAAAAAUCCCAACCAGUUGACUAUUUUUCAACAGUGGCUGAGGAUUUGAACUCAGGACUACAGAGAACAAAUCCAGCUAGCGGUCAGAGCAGGACUUGAACUCGGGGUCUUUAAAUUACAAGUCCAGCGCUCUAACUGCUCAGCCAUGAUUCUUCCAGGUCAAUCAAUAUUAAUAACUUUGUGAAAGGUUGAACCCAGGAGUCAUUUCAGAAGUAGGUUGAGUUUGAUCAUCCAGGUGAUCAUAGUCCUAAAUAGGACUGUUGUUUUUGAAAGUGACUGACGUUUCAACAACCUGUGCAAUAGUCAUCUUCAGAGUCAAAGUAAGUUGUAUCACAUCAGUUGAUGGUAUCAUACUGUGGUUGUUGAUCAGAGUGGUCAAUUACGUCGCGAUGUUAUUGGUCGUCUGUCAGUUAAGCCGUGAUCUUAUUGGCUAUGAAGACUCAUAAUCAUGAAACCUCUUUCAGAAGCAAGCUGUUAGAGUGCCAAAAAAACUCAUAAGUUAACCAUACUCACCUCUUUUAUUCUUGCACCUUUCUAGUGCAACAGUGACUAAACAACUGUGUGUCAACUUUCUCCUUUAAGAUUCACCCCUAUGGAUCUUUUGAACCAUCUUAAACGAAAAAAACUGAAACUGGGGAUGGUGAUAGACUUUACCAAUACCUUCAGAUAUUACAACGGAAAGGUAAAAUUACAGAAAAAAAUAAACAAUCCAGCUUUUGACUCACUGAGAUGUACUUUACCUGUUACAUUUUUGCAAUGUUAUUAUUUUCAGACCUCCUUAUAAUGUCAUUUUAAAAGCUUUUAAAAGCAAAUCAGAAGUAGUUAUCGUUAGGCUUGGCCAAAUGAACAGAGAUGAAAAAUGCUAAGUAGCUUACUGAAUUGUACCUCCUCUGCAGUGUUGUAGAGGUGUGAGGUGUUUAAAGUUGUUGUGAUAGCAUUAUAGUGUCAUUGACAGCUCUAGUCAUACAUAUGUAGCUCCUAAAAUUACAUGUCGAUGAGUUAAGAUUUAUAACAUAAAUAAUGUAGGUAAUACCAUGUACCCGCGUGGGAAUUCUGAAAUAAAGUUGUUGUUGUUGUUGAUGUUGCUUUCUUAGGAGUUCUAUGAUCAUGGGAUUGAAUAUCGUAAGAUAAAAUGUAUUGGAAAAGAAAUACCAAAUGAGGAUGUAGUGAGAAGGUAAUAUCUAAAUUUUGUUAAGCCUUGAGCUCCUUCAAACUAACUGUUUACUCAAUACAAUACACUUUUAAAAUUUUACACAUAAACUUCAAAAUACUUCCACAAAAGAUUAACAUAAAAUGGAAAAUUGUCAACUGGUCAGCUGACAAGUUAAAAAACUCAUGGCCUCGAUGGGUUGCUGCACCUCUUGAGCCUGUAAUGGGAGUCCCCUAUACUUUUUUCAUGAAACGUAACUGGGGCUUUAUUUUUCUUGGAAAACAUGAUUUAAAUUUUUAUAUACCGUAUUUUCUCAAUUAAACGCUGGACCCCGAUUAAACGCCAGCCUAAAAAAAACACCGGGUCAAAACUGCUGAUUUUUAAAUAACCGCUGUGGGCAUUUAAUCGUGAAAAUACGUUAUUUGUGUUUGCCCAUUCCAAGACAAUUAACAUACUGGUAAAAGUGGUUUUGAAAUUAAGAAUGACAUAAUAUUCUUACUGACUGUGCUCAAUCCAUGUUUCUGGUAAAACACUAAACUGAUUUUGAAAGUAAAACGUAGGUAAAUUUUAUGUUGUUUUUAAUUGCUUGCACAGAUUCAAGACUGAAGUUUGUUCGUUCAUGGCCAAUAAUACUAAAGGUAACAAUAUUAUGUUAGCAUAAAAUUAUAUCUUCACAGGGCUGUCAUUAAGAAGGAGGGACCCAAGAUUUCCCCCGGCUACUAAGAACUUGGCCCCGGGCUCCUUUCAUAGGAAGAUAGAAGAAAAAUAGAACCAAAAGAAAUCCCUAGCUGCUUGAUUCCCAGCCUACUUGUUGUAUUUACCCGGAAACUUGAAAUCUUAGUGACAGCCCUGCUUCAUCUCUUUAGUAUCUGUUAAUAUUUCUCCUGUGAGCUUUUCACUUCAUUUUUUCACCUGCGACUUAUAGUGAAGUACUAGUAGUAAAUUGAUCUGUAAAAUUGCAAAUCAAUACAAAAUAGCAAAGAUGUUUUAAUAAGACUCAGUUUGUUUGCCAUUUCUUCAGGCGAUCUUGUUGGAGUACACUGUACUCAUGGACUCAACAGAGCUGGCUACAUUGUUUGCAGGUGAGAUAAGUGAGAAAUAAUUAUUUCUCUUCACACUUAAAAAAAAGAGUACUUACAAUUGUUACAGUAUAUUUGCAGGAACUUAAUUUUGCGAUAUGGGGACAUGGGUGUAUUUCGCGAGACUUCUAAAAAACCUGCCCACUGUUUUCUUCUGAUAGAAGGGGUAUUUAUGGAUACAAAGCACCGAAGAUCAUCUGUUUGAGAUGGGCACUGCAAACUCCAGUCGCUUUUUGUUUAGUCGCUUUUUGUGUACAGAUUCCCCCCCCCCCCCCCCCCCCCCCCCCCCCCCCCCCCCCCCUCCUCCUUUCUCACCACCCCCGGAGAAAAAAAAAAAAAAAAAAAAAUAGGUAAGGGGUGUAAAUAAACAGAAGUAAAGAGAAAGAGAAGGAAGUAGGAGUGCUAACACAUAAACAAAACAAAAUAAACACUACGCACUCUGUUUGUAUUAGAAAAAGGGGUUAUUUUGGAUAGAAAACACCAAUGUAUCUUGUUUGUGCUGGGGGAUCUCCAAAUCCGCUCUUCUUUUUUUUUUCGCUUUUUUUGUUGGAUUGUUCCCCCCCCCCCCCCCCCCCCCCCCACCUCACAGGCUAGUUUUUGUUCCACAACAAGGAGCAGAGAAAAAUAACAAGUAUAAGCUUGUUGUGACGAGUUACAACAAGUCAGAAAGAAAUGGAUUGUGUGAUAACUGUGUACACACAAUUAUAUAGUAGGGUAUUAACAAAUUCCUGUCAUUUAAUUUUGUUAAAACCAUUUUUCGCGGGUCUUCAGUUUCACGAAUUUCAAAACAUCACAAACAUUGCAAACGUUAUUAAGUCCCGUGAAAAUUAUUAACCAUAAGGCAAGGUUUGUACAUAUCAUAUAAGUGUCACUUAUUGUUAAUCAGCAAUUCAGUAUUCCGCUUGGUAUUUUCUCAACUUAGAUAUCUUAUUGAAUGCAGAGGAUACACGCCUGAAAAAGCCAUCAAAGGUUAGAGGUAGUCAUGCUCCUUUAGUCUGUGCAGUAAUCACACUUUCUUGAGGGUCUUGUGGUUGCUUGAGUUUGUUUCCUGCUUCAUGCACGGCUAUGUAGGCUAUCUUAUCUUAUCUUGUUCCAAAGCAAGCUUGAUGAGAAGACCCCCACCCGAAUAGGUUUUCUGAAUCCCAGUAAUCCCAUCAGAAAUUUUCCCAGUCCCGCAAUCCCGACACGUUAUCCCGAUUCCGUAUAUACGGUUUAUAGUAAGUGGUUUAUGGAGGGUACAGCCUGAUUCCUUCAUGUUCAGAGAGCCAAUGACAGAUGGUCGGAAAGAAAAGUGACACGGUAAUCGCCCCUUAUCCACCUGACAGGCUCGGUGUGGAUAAAAUGCAUCCCGGUUCUCCCGAUUGCCCGGUUCACACAAGCGCGAAAAAAAAAACAAAAAAUGUAAAUUGCAAUUUGUUCACCCACGAAGCACUCAGGAGUUCUUAAGAACUCGUUUAAACGUGUCUGUGCGUACCAGAUUGAAUUCGAAUUUGUAAAAAAAAUGGUUUUCGAGGAGAGGAAAAGACCGGAGUACCUGGAAAAAAAACCUCUCGGAGCAAAGGAGAGAACCAACAACAAACUGAUGUGGCGUUGACGCUGGGAUUGGAACCCAGGUCACAUCGGUGGGAGGUGAGUUUGGUUCUCAACACUGCGCCACUGUUGUUCUCCGAAAUCCCGUGUUCCGUUUGCCGCUAAAUAAUCCCAGAUUUAAUAAUUAAGAUGUACUACUCCCGAGUGUCACUCCUCUUCUUUCCGGGCCAUCGAAUUAGAGAAAUCCAGGAACCCCAAAAAGCUAAUGGGGAUCUUCGUAUGUAAGAUUUAUUUGUUUUAUGAUCUUAAAACAAAUUUAUAAAUAGAACUUAUUCUUUCCUUUUUAGCAUUUAAUGAUGCCAGAGGUUAUCAGAUGGAAAGAGAAAAUUACCUGGAUGACCUUAAGACAAAGACUCCUAAAAAGUGAGUGUUCCUCAAAAUUCUGAAAUAUUCUCAGCUUCAUUAGAUGACAGUUUUUAGAAACUCCCCCCUGCUCAGGCACUUCUUUUUUCGCACAGAGGCGAGGGCGAAAUGCGAGUGACAUGCGAGUGACUGAUGAUGAAGCGCAAGGGGCCAUGGGAAGAAUACAAAUGAUAGGCGAAGCCCGUUUUCUGCUUCCCUCCCUCUUUUGGGCACAAAUUUUAUCGAAAUACAGACGUCUGGUUCCUAGGGAGUGAAUGUUAAUCAUUACGUGAAACUUUUAACUUUAAUGACAGGUGAUGUGCAUCAUUGUCUCGCUGUUCUCCACUCGGGAACGCCUGUGAAUUUGUUAUGUUAUCUACAUGUAUAAAGUGAAUUUGUUUAUGUCUGUUUAUGGAAUGUCAUAUAUUUACUGGUGCACCACGAGGGACAACAUAAAUUCCGCUGUGAAGAACAAUCAACACCAACGGAAAUUGCUGUGUUACAGUGUAUAGUCAUUGGCUAAUCAGCACAAUACCACCCGAAUACACUGUUCUUUGGUUUUUGUGAACAGCUAUUUCUAGAAAGGUUGUCGGAAAAAGUGCACGCGACAAUCCCGAAAGGUAUUGUACGUGGUUUUGUGUUCACUGUUUGCAAAGAAAGUUGAAAGAAUGUCACGAGAGGCCAUGGAGGUAUGUUUGCGAGUGCUAAAGGAAAGCAACAAAAGUAGCUUUGACAUCUUCAUUGUCAGAAAGUACUGAUCAUAUCCCAUAUUACCUUUUGGGUUGUCACGUUCACAUUUUUUUCCGACAACGUUUCUCGAAAUAACUGUAUAUGGUCAAGCAUCGGUAUCAGUAUUUGAUCCACGGACUUCAGAGUUAGAACAAUUUUGAACAGCGACGUUAUAAACAGUAUCACUGUGAGGUAGUGCUUGGUGUGCGUGUGUGUGUGUUUUUUUGAUAAUAUGACCAAAAGGUUUAAGAAGUAGUUAACUUAAGCUCUUCUUGUUUUUAUCCAGCGAGGACUUCUCUCGUAUUGGAAAUCGAGACACGCGGAAAAGACGGGACACUUCAUCUGCAAGCAGACCGAGGUAUAUUCACAGUGACACAGAAUCGAGGCAAGUCGCACAUGGUAAGAACACAGGCAGAAUCGAUCAAGUUACACCGUAUUACACCCAAAGACGAGGUAAUGAAUAUGAAGACUUUGAAUCAAACUAUCGACACCAAGAUCGAAAUCGUUUUACAGAAUACCACAGUCAGACGAGGAACUACACAACAAGGAUGUAUUCAAGGAGAGAGCGCAGAGAUGUUAAUUGUCAUGAUUAUGGUAACACAUAUGAUAAUUACGAUAAUUCAUAUCAUAAUUAUAAUGAUCGGUACAAUAAUCAUGCAAACUAUGGUCAUCAAGAAUAUAGACCGACUAGGAGCCGAGAAAGAUCUUACAGAAGUGACCAUGUAAAGAGAGGUAGGUCCUAUAAGGACCGUUCCGAACCAUACUCGCAUCAGCGUAGUAGAUAUUAUUAG